AAUUUGCUGAAGAUGAGCACUCAAAGCAAGGAAUCAUUGUCGGGGACAUCAUCACAGCGCAAGAAUGGUUUGCCAUCGUCCAAGAUUCAAUCGUAUAGCGAUGCUGUUGCACAUUUCAAGAAGAAUGAUCGCGUGAAAUCGUAUGAUAUGCAGGUGCCACGACCGCUGACUGUUUCGUGGAACUGUGAUGGUACUCGUAUUGCUGCUGGAGCGGAAAAAAGCGUAUCUGUGCUCUCGUUCGAUUCAUCAUUCAGAAUUAAAUCAGUUUUUCGUGGAUUUGGACAUAGUGAACAAGUUGAUCAGGUUGCUUUCCAUCCGUCCAAUCCCUAUUUGUUUGCAUCGGCCAGCUCCGAUAAAUCGGUUCGCUUAUGGGAUAUUCGACAACCGCGUACACAUACUAGGCUCAACACCAAAGGUUAG